AUGUUUGUCGCCACAGCCAUUGUUGUUGGCUUGCUUUGGUUCUUUUAUAAAAAUUGGGUAUCAACCUACAGUUAUUGGAAGAAGAGGGGUGUACCAUUUUACCCAGCUAAGUUCCCUUAUGGUAGUGAUCCAAACUUAGUGAAAUUUAAAGAAUACAGAGGCUACACCGUUGAUAAGAUGUAUCGUGAACUCGCUCCUGAACCAAUGUUUGGAAUUUUUGUUUUAAGGAAACCUAUGCUGGUAGUAAGAGACCCAGAAAUAAUUCAGCAUAUUUUGACGAAAGAGUUUUCUCAUUUCAGAGACAGGGGCAUUAUUAAACUGUCUGAUAAAGAUGUAAUUAAUCACCAUUUAUUCAAUCUAGAUGGAGAAAGGUGGAGAGCUUUAAGAAUAAAACUUACUCCCACAUUUACCAGCGGAAGGCUGAAAACUAUGUUCCCCCUUUUUGUUAGUUGUGCUGAGAGUUUUAGCUCCCUUUUGCUGUCAAAAGUUGAUUCAAAAGUCGAUAUUAAAGAGCUAACAGGUCGUUUUACAGCAGAUGUCAUUAGUAGCUGUGCAUUUGGCUUGGAUACUGAUGUUAUAAACCACCCAGAUAACAAGCUUAGAAAUAUAGGAAUAGAAGGAAUAAAAUUAAAAUUUCUAAUGAAAUUAAAAAUAGCUAUUAUUAGAUUAUUGCCAGGAUUGUCAUCAUUGUUACCAAUUAGGUUCAUUUCUGUAGAGGACGAAGAUUACAUCAUAAAGCUCAUUAAAAACAUAGUGGAACAAAGAGAAAAAAAUGCUAUUGUAAGAAAUGACUUCAUAGAUUUGUUAAUACAAUUAAAGAAUAAAGGAAAUCUUGGAGAUGAUGGACAGGAAUUUGAAAAACCAUUUGAAAUGACAAUGGAGUUAAUGGCAGCCCAAUGUUUUGUCUUUUUUAUUGCUGGAUUUGAGACCUCUAGUUCAGUGCAAAGUUUCUGCCUCUAUGAACUGGCACUCCACCAAGAUAUUCAAUCAAGACUAAUUAAAGAGAUUGAUGAAACAAUAGAGAAGAAUGGUUCUCUUACUUAUAAGGCUGUGCAGGAAAUGGAAUAUCUUGAUAUGGUCAUAUCAGAAACAUCAAGGAAGUACCCAACUGUACCAACAUUAGUUAGGCAGUGUACAAAAUCAGUAACACUUUCUACUGGUCAAAACAUAGAGAAGGAUACUAUGAUCAUUAUUCCUGUUUGGUCUUUGCACCAUGACUCCCAAUACUUUAUGGAUCCUGAUAAAUUUGACCCAGAAAGAUUUUCAAAAGAAAACAGAGAUUCUAUUGUUCCUUAUACUUAUCUGCCAUUUGGUGAAGGUCCUAGAAUGUGUAUUGGUAUGAGAUUUGGACUACUCCAAACUAAGGUGGGAGUUGUGACUCUCCUUCGAAAGUUUCGUGUCGAGCCAUGCGAAGAAACCAACAUCCCUCUUGUCAUUGGAGGAAAUUCUGCUACCACAGCAUCUGAUAAACCUAUUAUUAUUAAACUGAUAGCAAGAUAUUGA